AUGAUCGGAAUGAUCAUGGGUGGUCUCCUGUCCUGCAAUGAUUCGGUUCUCUCGAUCAAAGUCCACGAGCGGAAGUCCACCCCGACAGAGAUGUGGGUGGCAAAUAUCAGAGCAACCAAUGCUCAGGACACAAGCGGCAUGGGAAUAACGUUCUCCGAGGAGGACGCCGAGGACGUCGACCAACCCCACAACAACCCCCUCGUCUUCCAAAUUCGUGUAGCUGACUGCGACAUGACUCGGAUACUCGUUGACACGGGCAGCUCGGUAGAUCUCAUCUUCAAGGAAGCCCUCGAAAAGAUGAACCUACACGACAUCGAGAUGAAGCCAUCCCUCAUUCCCCUGACCGUCUUCGCAGGAGAUACUAUCACAUCAAUAGGGACAAUCAAGCUGCCAGUCUACGUAGGUCGGGUAACAAAAAUAGUCAAAUUCACCGUCGUCGACCGGCCAGCCAUAUACAACAUCAUCCUCGGAACUCCUUGGCUGCAUUUGAUGAAGGCGGUCACCUCGACCUACCAACAGUGCCUCAAGUUCCCCAACCAGUCCGGUACAUUCAAAGUCCGGAGCAACCAAAGGAUCUCGCGUUCGUGCUUCAUUAUCGAGCACAAGCUCCGCAACGCCCCCCGCACUCUGCUCUGCGCCACGAUAAGUCGCAAGGGAGUUCCUGCCUGCGACAUCGUCGGACCCGAGCUUCCAGGCAAUUCAAGCCGAGCAGAUCAACCUCUCCGAGACCUCAUCGUCCAAGUAAACAUCAACCCCAAUCACAGCGACCGUUGCGUCGGCAUCGGGGCCGACCUGAAAGAAAGCAUCAAGACCGAGUUCAUCGAGUUUCUCAAGCAGAAUAUCUCAAGCUUCGCCUGGUCAACCAGCGACAUACCCGACAUCAACUCGGCCAUAUGCAGCCACGAGCUUAACGUCGACCCAACCUUCCGGCCCAUCAAGCAGAAGAGGCAAAAGUUAGGCGCCGAGCGCGCCCAAACCGUGAAUGACGAGGUGGAAAGGUUAACAGCAGCCGAUCAAAUCACCGAGGUGAGGUAUCCGGAUUGGCUAGCAAACCCGGUCGUGGUCAAAAAGAAAAAUGGCAAGUGGAGAGUUUGCGUGGACUUCACCAACCUCAACAAGGCCUGCCCAAAGGACUGCUUCCCCCUUCCAAGAAUCGACCAGGUCGUCGAAGCAACAGUGGGAAACGAGCUACUCUCAUUCAUAGACGCCUUCUCGGGCUACAACCAAAUCUUCAUGCACCCUGACGAUAAGGAGAAGACAGCGUUCAUCACGGACCGCUGA